UAUCUUUUAGUCAGUUGGGUUAACACUUGUAUUCAUAUUUUUAAAAUUUAAAAUUGGGUUUUAUCUGGCGGACAUGUUUUGUCCCUUAUUUCAAGAAUCACUGACCUGCAAAAUGCCUGCGUAGGGUGCAGAUAGAACAGAAUGUACUGCUGAGUGUUGUGUUUGUCACCUAGGCUGUGACCUUAGGAACAGGAAACAGGAUGAGGAAGCAGCUGCUGCUGAAGACAACUCAGACAGAGCCAGAGGAGCCAGAACAACAAGAAGAAUCAGAAGAACCAGAUAAACCAGAGUACAGGAUUGUGCUUCUUGGAAAAACUGCAGUUGGAAAGAACAAAAUUGGAAAUGCUAUUUUGGGAAAUGUGAAUGUUUUUCAGUCAACAACAUCAUCAGAGUUUCAGAAGGAAACACAAGAGUUUGGGGGUCAAAUCCUGACUGUAGUUGUUACUCCAGAUCUGUUUGAGAACAGACUGACUGACGUGGAUGUGAGGAGGGAAAUCCAUAGAUGCAUCUGCUUUGCUGCUCCUGGUCCACAUGUGUUCCUGGUUGUGUUUCAGGCUGGCAGCUUCACAGAAGAAGAUCAUGAAAUUGUGAGAAAAAUUCAGCAGAUGUUUGGAGAAGAAGCAGCAGGUUAUAGUAUGGUCUUGUUCACCUGUGGAGAUGAUCUAGAGGCAGCUAGUGUUACCAUAGAUGAAUUUAUUAGCAAUAAUCCAGCUCUAGGUAACUUCAUCCAUCAGUGUGGAGGAGGAUAUCAUGUGUUUAACAACAGAAGCAGUGACUGCUCUCAGGUCACAGAGUUACUGACGAAGAUCAACAACAUGGUUCAGAGAAACGGAGGAAGCUACUACACCAGUGAAAUAUUCAGACAGGCUGACUUCAGGAUUGUGCUUGUUGGGAAAACUGGUGUUGGAAAGAGUGCAGCAGGAAACACAAUCCUAGGACAAAAAGUAUUUAGAUCUACACCAUCUUCUACCACGGCAACAGAAAAGUGUCAGAUGAACACAGAUCAGUUUGAUGGUCAGAUCCUGGCUGUAGUUGAUACUCCAGGUCUGUUUGACACCCACAAAACUGAAGAAGAGAUAAAGGCAGAGAUCAGUAGAGCCAUCCCCUUUGCUGCUCCUGGUCCUCAUGUGUUCCUGGUUGUGAUCCAGGCAAACAGAUUCACAGAAGAAGAACAAAGGACAGUCAGAAUAAUUCAGAAUGUGUUUGGAGAAGAAGCAGCACGUUACACUAUGGUCCUGUUCACCUGUGGAGACAAUCUGGAGGCUGAUGAAGUCACCAUAGAAGAAGUAAUAAGUGGAAAUUCAGCUCUCGGUGACUUCAUCUGUCAUUGUGGAGGAGGAUAUCAUGUUUUUAACAACAGAAGCAGAGAUCCUGCUCAGGUCAGAGAGCUGCUGGAGAAGAUCAAGACCAUGGUUCAGAAAAAUGGAGGAAGAUACUACACCAAUGAGAUGUUCAAAGAGGCUGAGAGAGCAUUUAAAAAAUUGGAACCAGACCUCAGAAUGGUUCUUGUGGGAAAAACCAGAGCUGGGAAGAGUGCAACAGGAAACACCAUCUUAGAGGGAAAUGUAUUUAGAUCAACAUCAUCUUCUUCCUCAGUGACAUUAGAGUGUCAGAAGGAAACAGCUCUAUUUGAUUUUCAAAAACUGGCUGUAGUUGAUACUCCAGGUCUGUUUGACACAGAACUAACUGCACAGAAGGUGAAGAAAGAGAUUGCUAGAUUCAUCUCCUUUGCUGCUCCUGGUCCUCACGUGUUCCUGGUUGUGGUCCAUCCAGGAGUAUUUAAAGAGGAAGAACAAGAAAUGGUGAAAAUCCUUCAGAAGGUGUUUGGAGAAGAAGCAGCUCGUUACACCAUGGUGUUGUUCACACAUGUAGAUGAUCUGAUGGUUUCCAUAGAAGAAAUCAUUACCAAUAAUCCAGCUCUGUAUGACUUAGUCCAUCAGUGUGGAGGAAGAUAUCAUGUUUUUAACAACAGAAGCAGAGAUCCUGCUCAGGUCAAAGAGCUGCUGGAGAAGAUCAAAACCAUGGUCCAGAGAAAUGGAGGAAUAUGCUACACCAAUAAGAUGUUUACAAAGGCAGAGAACGCUAUAAAGAAAGAGAUGGAACGACUAAUAAAGGAAACAAAUAUGACACCCGAAGAAGCAAGAUACACAGCAGAAAGAAAUAAUAAGUUUAUUCAAGACAGAAUGAUCGCUAUUUUUAUAGGAACUGCUCUCGGAGCGGGUGUUGGAGUUGGUACUGCACUGGGUAUUGAAGCUGCUGUUGGAGCUACAAUUGGACUUGUAGGAGGUCCAGUAGGAGCUGCAGUGGGAGCUGCAGUGGGAACUGCAUUAGGAGCUGGAGUGUAUUUUGCUGCUGCUAAAAUGAAAAAGAGUGCUUGUGCUCUGCAGUGAUACUCAGUGAGAAAUUAUCAUUUAGCAGCAGCUCAUUAAAGCCAACAUGAAGAUCAAGGGGGGAGAUCACAUUGUAGAAAUAUUAUUUCACUGUACAUUUAGUGUUUAUUAAAUGUGUUAUUUUUGAUCAAAUAUAUUUGUAAAUUUUAAAGAAUUGGGGAAUUAAUUAAUAACUAAUUAUUGAUUAGGUGAUUACUAAGAUGUUAUCAAACUCUGUCUAAAACAAACAGCCUGUCAGAUUAUCUAACAUGUGUUUUUAAAGCUGUUUAAGUCAGUAGACUCACUGAGUGUAAUUUGUUUAAUAAUGUAUCAUGAAUCAAACAUUACUGAUGAAAAAUUGUUUUCUUGUGCUUUUAAUCAGAAUCAGAAUACUUUAUUAAUUCCUGAGGAAAUAAUGUAAUAAAAUGAGGAGAUAAAAGGAGGAAAAAUCAAUCAAAGGGUUCGGAGAAAAACAUUUACUGAGAGGUUUUUGUUGAUUAAAGUCUGACAUUAAAGAACAGCAGAAAUAUUUGA